UCCAAACCGGAGAAACAGACAGAGAUGACAUUAAGGAUAAGGUUUUAGAAAAUACCAUUUGGACAUUCCAGUGGGGAGAUGAAGCUUUCAACAGGGCAUUCACCAGAGUUUGGCAAUUGUUGUUACUAGAAUUUCACAACACCAAGAAGUGUAAUUUAGCUGGUAAAAGAUAGAAUUGUUUGGGAGAUGAUAAAUGCGAGUAUUCAACCUAAAACGGCGAGUACUCCAAUAGGAAUGCGAUAACAGACAAUAAAGCUGGAAAAAAUACAGAAGACAAUGAAAUAUAGUGGUUCAGUCAGAUUUUGUUCUGCUUAGUCCACUGUAGCAAGGGAUUCGUAGGUGCAUUUUCAUGGUGGAUCACCCCUUUAUAUACAAAGCAGGUGCCCAAUCGGUUACAUGAGGAUCACAUUUAUUGUUAAUCCAUUAUUUACACAUUGAAUUGUCAUGAUUAAACUCAGACAACGUUAACAUUAAUAAAUAUAUGACAGUUACUGAACUCAUCAACGUAUGCGUCCUUCGCAUCUGCGAGUUGACCGUUCGUGUUCCGUCUGUUGAGUUCGUAGGGUCGCACGUACGUUUGGAACGUCUGCGUCCUUAGGUGAUCGCUCGAUACGGACGUCGCAUGCUGAAGUUGGUAGCAUCUGGACAUGCGAACUUACACUGGUCCGUUAGGGCUAUUGGGUCAUUGGGACCAAAACUGCAUCAUAGGGUAUUGGCCUCUAUACUUGCCGCGGAGGUAUAGAGGGAGGUACUCGCACAUGUUCUGACAUAUGCGAGCUGGGUCUACCCUGUAUGAUGAGGAUUACAGUUAUGCGGUAUGAAUUAAGUCGCAUCCGCGAUACCUCGCUGGUUUUAUCCUGGGCGAGGUCUAAACUUCGAGAAGUCUCCCCUGGACAUUUCAGCCUUCACUGGAAGUCUGGAUACACGUGUCCUUCAAAGAGGGGUCUGGUCUCGAGUUUCUAAGUGAGAGAAAUCUCACUAUAACACAUGCCCCUAGUUUCGCGAUGUGACUUGAGCGGUCACUGAGGGAAACUACUGCUCGAGAGACAGGUGAAAGGUUGUCACGAGGAGGUGACCUUUUGGUUGUCCCAUCGAGGGUUUCGAAAAAUGACGGCUGUAAUGAUUAAUUUUCAUUAUCUCUAGGAUGCCACGUCACGAAACUCUUCGGUUUUCGUGUAGGCGUGGCCAUAGCUGGCCGUUGGAUUGGGCGACCUUAGGCAUUCUGGUUGCCACGUGUCACAAUCCCAAUAAAUAAGGGAUAGGGGUAUUUAAACGCUUUGAUACGAAUCAAAUAUCCCGUUUUUCCCUCCUUUCUCUUAACUUCUCCCCAGUAUAUACAGCCCAGAAAAAAGAAAUUCAUUCCAACUUUUCUGUCAUUUCCCACCGCAUUUUCAUUCUCAGAAGUGAUCGAGAACAACCGCAGGAAUCGAAACUAAAGGUUAGCUUCUAAACCCCUGCAUUUUCGUUUUCUGCAUUUUGAAGAAAAUGUGUUUCUGGUUUUGGGUGCUCAUGGAAAACUUUUUUUAGGAAGGUAUGCUAGUGGGUAUUUAUGUGUUUUGGUAAAUGAUACUGGGUAAUACUCAUAGUGUAGGGCCUGUAAAUUGACAAAAUCGCAAAAAAAAACUGAUCACUAAUGAUUCACGUCUUCGAAUGCUCGCGGAUAUUCGGAUGAACAAUUUGAAUACUCGCGAGGGUUCGGUCGAACAACUUGAAUAAUCGCAUGUUUCCAAACUUAUUUCUGUUUAACUGUUGAUUAGACUUUUUAGGAUCUUUUCGUGUCGCGGGCUGAGUGGUAAGAGUAUUAACUGCCUUUUCAAAUGGUGGGUGUGUCACAGUAUUCUAAUGGCCAUAUACGCGAUUAUAUGUCCCUUGAGAUACUGUGAUACGCCCAGCCAUUUGUUGACGUGCGUUAAUACUCGAAUGAUCGUAUUUUUUGGUUGGUAGGUUGUCUCGAAACGGUGGGUGUCUCCCAGUAACUUCAGGGUUAUGCUCGAAAAUGCAUACUUCUUGAGUCACUGGGAAACUCCCAGCCGUUUCUGGAGGUACACCGUACAACCGAGGAUGCGUGAAUUACUCGCCCAAAGAUAGUUACGUUUCUUCUCGCAUAUCGAUAGAAGGGUCAGUUUUCGCACAGAGUCUGACUUUCUUGUUGAAUGCGACUUUUAUAGUUUACUGCGGGUGAGAUCACUUAUCUUUAUCUUUUCACACAUUCAUCACGCUGAAAAGAUCUUGUAUCUUUCAGAUGAGCGAUCUAUCGGAUAGCCAGCAGCUCGGAUCAGGAGGUCGCGCCUUUGACGGGGAAUCGGACCAGGAGAGGGACAGUUUUCUCCCUACGGACAUCUCCGAAAUGGAGGCCGCGGAGAUAGAGUUAGGUCCUAUGUCUUCUGUGGAGAUCGAGAAGAUGGUACGGGAGCUUACUGAUCCUGGGGCAAUCGAUAUCCGAGAUAGCGAAUCCACCGUGUCAGCUCGCGAUUACCUCAUCCGUACGAGGCAGGCUCCUGACAUCGAGGUCGAGGAGGUGGAGGAGGGAUGGACUACUCCAGCCCGCGAGUCAGGUGGGGAAGAAGAGGAAGCGGAAGGGAGCGGGACGGACUCGGUUGACGACUCCCAACUGAACGAGCCUUUCUCAUGCGAAGACCUAGUCUCGCGAGUCGUCAAGUCUGACUUCACCACUUUCGUGAGGUUAAAUCUGUUGCGGCUUGCGUUUCAAAGUCCCAAACCCUCUCAGAGAGCGCAUCUUCCGUUCACCAACCCUGCGAUCAUCCCUACGGAGGACGUGGUCAUCUCAAUACCCAUUCUUCGAUGUGGUGUAACAGUCCCAUUUCAUCCUUUCGUCGCAGCCAUUCUUAGACGCUAUGACGUAUCGCCUUUUCAGCUAACACCCAACAGUUAUCGCACUGUUCUAGCCUUCUAUGCGAUGUACAUGGAGUACGCCCAUAGAGCUCCGUCAGUAGAGGAAUUUAGUUAUUUUUAUGACAUAAAGAGCGUGGGCCUUCAUAACGGCUUCUUUUGCUUUAGUAAAUGGGCGACUUCUGAAAUCAACGGGGUUGAGGGGAUGGUUUCGAACAUGGGUGAUUGGAAGUCAAAAUGGUUCUACGUUUUUAAGGUUCCUGGGAUCAGAACCGACUUUAAUCGCAGACCCAAUAGACCAGCUCGACCAACGCUUAACGCUCAUAAAAAGGGGGUAGCUGAAAUUCUUGGGAGUCUUCCGGUACAAGAUCGCGACUGGCGAUUGCUGUGUACGACUGCCAAAUUGCGAGAACACAAACUGAUCCCUGAGAACGCGAGUCUUCAACGGGAGCCAGUAUAUAAAGAACCAUCUGAGAGACAGCAGGAGCGGAUAGAUAAACGGCUUUCCAAGCAAACUCCUCGAGAAACUUCAGACAUGACUUUCCUGAAGUCUGCCCCUGUCCUGAAGAUCAAGCAAAAGGGUGGGACACCGGCAUCUUCACCAGUCGUCGCACAGAAGAGGAAGAGCGAUGUGAUGACUUCGCUCGCUGCAGAUUCCUCCAAGAAGUUGGCCAAGACCGCUCAGGAUAAGGGGAAGAAGGUUGUCAUUGAUUCUCCGGUUCGCCCUCGCGACUUUCUGGCUAUGCAGGAAAAAUUACUGGCCGAGAUUCCUUAUGAGGAACUUGUUUCUCGAUCAACUGAACUGGCCGCACAAUCUGUGGCUUUGUUUAUGAAAGCCGUGGCCACGCCUUCGAAGGAAACUGACUCGCUGAAGAGGCAGAACGCUCAUUUUCAGGAAAACAUAAAGAGGCUGAAGCAGGAGGUGGCCAAGAUGGAGGAACUUCACAAGGAGCUCGAGGAAGCUAACAGGGCCAAAGAACAGUUGGAGCUCGAGCUCAAGAAGUCGCAGGACACGAUCGCUGAGAUGGCUCGCGACUUAGAGGCUGAGAGAGAGAGUGGGAAAAAACAGUAUGAUCAGGCUGUGUCUGAUUACAUUUAUACUACUCUCUCCAAGGUCCCUGACUUCGACUUCUCGCUGCUUGGAGAUGAAGCUGCUGAGAUGGCUGAAGCCUUUCGCUCGAUGUCUCCUACCCGGACUCAAGGCAACCUUCCAGAUGAAAUCGAGGGAGCGCAGGCUGAGGAGGUCGAGAAUGAAGUUGUGAGCAAGAUCGUGGAUGAGGCUGCUCCUGAUGAGACUACUCCCGCUGCUUGAUUAUUUUCUAUCUUAGUUUUACUUUUGUUUCGCUGUUUUUUUUUUUAUAUAUGCGGUACGCGGGUACUCGCACUUUUGUACUUAAAGAAUUUCCUCUUACUUUUUGGACAAAUUUCUAUCCUCGCGGGGAUAGUAUGCAUUUUAAUAUUUACGCAGUACAUGGGUACUUGCGAUUUUAUUUUCAA